AUGGCGCAGCCCUCCUCCUCGACGCGUGCGAACAAGUUCAAGCCCAGGGGAAACCGAAGGAGCGAGGCCGAGCGCGCCCGCCUCGCCGAGGAGCAGCUAAAAAUUCAGAUGCAUAGGAAUUACGAAGAGGCCAAACUGGCCGCUCGUGCUAACCGUGGCCGCGGUCGCGGUCGCGGCAGGGGCAGAGGCCGCGGAGGCUUCAUGACGCGUGGCCUGUCGCGCGGCGGCUCGACGGCUGCGGGACCCUUGUCGGCAGGCAUGACUUGUGGUGGUUCAGGCUACCAGGCUGCGAGCGGCGGAAAUUAUUCCUUUGCUUCCGGCUCAGGCUCAGGCUCAGGCCCAGGCUCAGGCUCAGGCCCAGGCUCAGGCACCUCUGGUAGUUACGGAGCUGGCGGUGGAGCCAAUGGCAAAACAAAGUAUGAGCCGUCGGGCGCGAUGGAUAAUGGACGGAUUAACGCCGACGCCCUCUACUCGUGGGUUGACUACUCGGACGAGGAGGAGCAGGUCGCAGUUAAGGGGGCUGUCCGUAAAACUCGGAAGAAGAAGCCGAUCCUGCCUCUUGGUAUUCGGCGUAUCGAGCAUAAGCAGGAGGAGGUGGUACUAACGACUGCAGCUGAGAUUGAGGCCCGGGAACACGGAGGCGAUGUUGACGACGACGGCGACGACGAUUCGGGAGCCUUGUUUGUCGAGGAUGGCUCGCCCAAGGUCGAUCCAGAGCUAGAGUUGACCAAGGACGACCGCGUCUGGGAGCACGGCGCUUCCAAGUCGGACAACAAGGUGCGCAUCAAGAACGAGGACGGCGACGGCGAUGUUAUGGACAUUGACCAGAUCCCCGAGGGACAGUUCAAGGCGCCCGAUUCGCCAGACAGCAAGAAAAAGAAGCUGGCGAGCGGCAUAAAGAAGAAGAAGGCGCCCAAGGGCACAGAGGAGGAAAUCAUCUCGGAAGAUCUCGAGCGCCUCCUCGGACUCUUCAACAUCCAGAACGACGCCGAGGCCGGAGGCAGCGCAGAGUCACAACUGGAAGGUCAUAUGUUCCUCUUCCAGUUCCCGCCUGUCCUGCCGCCCCUAAAGAGCGUGCCAGUCGGGCCGCGACCGAAUCUCGUCAAGCCCGAGCCGGACAGCGACGUUGUCAUGCUAGACGUUCCAGCAGCCAACGGCACCACCGCCAAAAUCGACCUUAGCGGAGACGGCGACAGCGCGGCACAGAAAGACGUUGCCGCCGAGGAGAAUGCCGGCAGAAAGAACACGGCACAGGUGGUUCAUGAGGCGGGCUUUGUGGGGAAUCUGAUUGUGAGCAAGUCGGGCAAGGUCGAGCUGAGCUGGGGAGGAAAGACGCUGGGGCUGGUCCCUGGCGCCCAGGCUACCUUCCUGUCGACGGCGAUGCUCCUCGAGGACAAGGACGCGAAGCCCCAGCCCGGACAGAUGGCGGGCGUCGCGUACAGCAUGGGCAAGGUCCAGGGGUCUUUUACCCUGGCCCCGACGUGGGAAGAAGAGGAGGAUUGGGUUGUCGACCCCGAGGAUCUCGUGGUCCCCGAAGAGUGA